GGUCCAGCUUUGCUUGGAGAACCUUGUCACACACAGCGAGCUACGGUCACAACAGUCAGGACUUCAAAGGCAGCCAGCAGCCAGGGGCUGUUGGUGAGAAGUGUGAGUGACAGGAAGACAGACGCAGGGACAAUGAGACGGGCUGAGAGUGUGACACAAGGGCAGUAGAUGGAGACAAAGUUUGGAGGCGUAAUAAAGAGAGAGUGACAAACAGUGCAGUGAGUGAUUCUUAAAUCUGUAGAGGAGAAGCAGACAGGAAAAGACGUCCUCGGACACAACAUUUUUCCUCCUGUUCGCAGCAUGGUGGUAGAGUGCACAUGGAUUUAGUCGACCUCUACCUCCCAGAGUGUUUCACCUACCACUUUGACACAGAACAUCUUGACAGGAUGUCAGUGAGGGGCUUGGACCCCACCUGUCCUUCCACUAUAAAGCGAGAGGCCUCCAGCCCCAGCCCCAGCUCUCAGGGCGACGUCAGCCCUGCCCAGCCCAGCCCUGGAAGCUCUUCCUCAGACACAAACUCCAGCUACGGGCCCCUGAUCAAAGGCCAACAUCAAUGCAAUGGGCUUGACUCACCAGGCCUUUAUGGUCACACAGCAGGGUUGGCCAGCAGCGUCGGAACAAACAGGAGGUUUGGAGAUGAAGAAAGCCCAGUGAAGUGUGAAUUCAUGCUGGGCACAGUGGCUAAGCGGUUGUGUCUGGUGUGCGGUGACGUGGCCUCGGGCUACCACUACGGUGUGGCCUCCUGUGAAGCCUGCAAGGCCUUCUUCAAGAGGACCAUCCAGGGCAACAUUGAAUACAGCUGCCCAGCAUCCAAUGAAUGUGAGAUCACUAAGAGGAGGAGGAAGUCCUGCCAGGCCUGCCGAUUUGUGAAAUGUCUGGCUGUGGGCAUGUUGAGAGAAGGUGUGCGUUUGGACCGGGUUCGAGGUGGAAGGCAAAAGUACAAGAGGAGAAUAGACGCAGAAAACAGCCCGUAUCUGCAUCCACAGAACGCCUUGCCUCAGAAAAGAACAUUCACUGUUGGCAGUGCAGAAGAAAACAAGGUGGUGUCGCUGCUGCUGGUGGCCGAGCCAGAGGGCAUCUUCGCCAUGCCGGACCCCACUGUACCUGAGAGCGACAUCAAGGCGCUGACCACACUGUGUGACCUGGCUGACAGGGAGCUGGUGGUCAACAUCGGCUGGGCCAAGCACAUCCCAGGCUUCCCCUCCCUCUCUCUGGCUGAUCAGAUGAGUCUACUGCAGAGUGGAUGGAUGGAGAUUUUGAUUCUUCGAGUGGUGUUUCGCUCACUGGCCUUGGAGGACAAGCUGGUGUAUGCUGAGGACUACAUCAUGGAUGAGGAGCAGUCAAAGCUUGCCGGGCUACUUGACCUCAACAACGCCAUCCUGCAGUUGGUGAAGAAGUAUAAAGUCAUGGGGCUGGAAAAGGAGGAGUUUGUGGUCCUUAAAGCUAUUGCGCUCGCUAACUCAGACUCCAUGCAAAUUGAAGACUCAGAGGCAGUUCAGAGACUCCAGGAUGUCCUUCAUGGGGCCCUACAGGACUACGAAGUCAUCCACCACCCAGAGGACCCUCGCAGAGCCGGCAAACUGAUCAUGACCCUCCCUCUCCUCCGUCAAACGGCUGCUCGUGCUGUCCAGCACUUCUGCAGCAUCAAACAGGAUGGCCGCGUGCCUAUGCACAAACUAUUCCUUGAACUUCUGGAGGCCAAAGCCUGACCCAAACACAGACCCGGCACAGGGGUUAGGAUGGUAGAAAGUGAAGGAAAAUGGGUGAUGGUGUGGUUUGACACUAUGUUUUUUCCAUUUCAGCUUUGACAGUAAAGUUUUGAGUCUACAGGCACCAGAAGUAUGUUCUGUGGACAAGCAGUGGGAACAUAUUUAGAGCAACACCCCUCCUUCUCCCAGCGAAACUUUGAAUGGAAGUGAAAAAGCGGUUUAAUUUGCAUUUAGUGUCUUUGACGAUGAGGAUGUUGUCAUCUUUGCUGUCCGUGACUCUAGAUUAAGUGUGUUGACCUGUAUUGGAGGUUCAAGACGGACGGAAAUGCAGCAUAAAAGCAGAGGAAAUCGCCUUCUAGAGAUAUUUACAGUUACAUGCCAAAAGUAGAGCUUCUUUUGUCAAAAGACCACCUGAUACUUGAAGAUCCUCGUGGAUUAUUUCUUCCAUCUUGAAGCCUGUUAAUCUGCAUUCUAGUGCAUUUAGAAAGCCUUUCAAUGAUUUGAGUUUCUUUGUCCUUUUUGUAUAGGAAAGGUUAAUGUCUCCCAAGAGGUAAGUCUUGCCAAAGAGUAAAGACUCAUACUAUUGAAUAAUACCAGCAUACGUCCACAAUAUUAUAACGUGGCCUGUAAGACAUUCACAUAAAUCUGCAUCCCUGCUGUGUUGUGUAUCGCAAAAGUAUCUAUUCACUACAUUCAUAUAUAGACAAAUAAAGGGAGACAAUUAAGUGGUCAGAAUCUCAUAAAACAAUAACUGGCCUCCUGAUUUUGAGAAGAACAUUUCAGGGAAAGAGUACUAAAUGUCAUGGUACAACUAGUGAUAUUUAUUUAAAAGUGUCUCUGUUCAGUUGCUGUUUUUUAUUUACUAAUGUGGCAUUAAUGAAGAGUUGAUUAAAGCAAUUACAGUGAAUGAUACUUUUUUAAAAAGAUUUUUAAAUGAUAGCAUUGUAAAAUAAUUUUUUUUACUAGCUUCUCCGCUACAGCACUGAUACAUAUGUAUGCCACAUUAUGAAAUUCAAGAAUACAUGAUUAUAAUUGGGGUACGUACUUGAAGAUAAUAAUGUAAUAGAGUUGUUGUAGACCCACAGAUAUAACUUUAACCUUGUAAAAUGGCUGCCAUAUUGUAUAAUCUGGAUUAGAGAGGCAUUGGGUGUCCUUUCUAUGGUAGAAGUCUAUGUGUAGGAUGAAAUUUGUGCACUAUUUUUUCUUUUAGCCAUAAUGUUUGGGGAAACUGGUGAUGGCGCUCUGUUAAUCUGUUAGUGUUUCUGUGUGAAGAGUAGUUUUAUCUGAAGUUUGUCCUUUUUUCCGCGCACAUUAAAUGAAGGGAUUAAACUCUGAAGGAAUCUCAGUACAGUGAAUAAAACAUCUUGCCCCUUAGUUUACUCAAGGUACUGUGACACUAACGUGCAUAUUUUUUGAGACAAGAUCAUAGCAGCAGUAUGGCAGUUUAAAUGUUUGUACUGUACGUUUUGCUGUAUAUACAUCAUGUCUUAUGCCAACAGAGAUGUUUAAAGAUGCAAAUAAGCUUUGUCUGGAUGAGCUGUGCCGUGCUAUUUCAUUCUCAGGUGGAUUCUUGGGCAAUAAAGAUCAUCCCCUUAAUGCAAA